UGCCGCUGGCUGACGGCUCAGACUGUAUAGCAGACACGUGAGCAGCAUAAAGGGAGCAGAAGAAGAGAAGAUAAAGAGCGGGAGGAAAAGUGUCGAUAAAAAGUUGCCUCCUUCACGUUAAGCCAAGCAUGGAGGUGUCUAAUGGCGUUUGUUUGAGAAGCAAACCUUAGAAAAGAAGAGUUUAACACAGAGCAUGGCCUCCACCAUGAAUGAAAGACUGUCGCACAUUAAAGAAGAGGACUGUGAGUGGGGUGAACCAGAAGAUGUGAAGUCAGAGGCCCGUGAGGGGAGAAUGUCAGUUUUUAAAGAGGGGGAGUGCAAGGGGGAGAUGAUUGAAGUUAAAGUGGAGGAUUUGGAAGAGGUCUCAGUUAGUCUUCAACUGCAAAACCCUGAAAGUGGGAAUCUUUUCAAACAAGAGAAUUCUGAAGAAUCUCCUCCCAGUUUACAGCAUCGGGGCAUUGAUACGGGACAACCGGCUACCCAGCAGAGUUCUUCAGAAGUGAAAUUCAAGUUUGAAGAGAAAAUCAGUGAAGGAAGCUGGAAAGAAGAAGAGCAGCUGUCAUCUGGGAAUGUGGGAACAAAUUUCCAAGAGAAUAUCAGCUUAUCCCUAUCUUCAUUUGCUCAGACCUCUGCUCAGUGCAGAAUGCAACAGAAACAGAAUAAGGACGAAAUGAAGAAAUCAACAAGAUGUUCAGAGAAUGUGACAGCUAACUCUUUCCAGUGCAGUUCUCUUCCUGUGAGAAAAGCCACCAGUACUAACCAACAACCAGGCCAUAACGCAGAUCCAGAGGCUCCGUAUGCUGGCCGAGAAUGUGGACGAACUUUGAAAAAUAAGUCUGACUGUAAAGAUGACAAAUCGAUUUAUACAAAACCAAAGUUGUAUUGCUGUUCUGAAUGUGGGAAACGAUUCCUCUAUGACAGCUGGCUCCAGGCACAUAUUAGAAAGCAUACGGGAGAAAAACCUCAUUGCUGUUCUGAAUGUGGCAAGCAAUUUUCCACCAUUUACAGUCUCCAAAGCCAUACGAGAAUCCACACGGGACAACUGCCCUAUGGGUGUGCUGAAUGUGGAAAAAGAUUCAUCAAAAGUAGCCAUCUUCAGAGCCACACUAGAAUUCACACUGGAGAAAAACCUCAUUGCUGCUCUGAAUGUGGAAAGAGAUUUUUUAACAGUUACAGUCUGUACAUCCAUAAAAGAAUCCACACUGGAGAAAAGCCAUAUGAGUGUGCAGAAUGUGGGAAAAGAUUCAUUAAAAGCAGCCAUCUUGAGAGCCACACAAGAAUUCAUACUGGAGAAAAGCCAUUUUGCUGCUCUGAAUGUGGCAAACGAUUUACCAUCAGUAGCCACCUUCAGAGACACACAAGAAUCCAUACUGGAGAGAAGCCGUAUUGCUGCUCUGAAUGUGGGAAACAGUUUUCAAACAGUUGCAAUCUCCAAAGACAUGCAAGAAUCCACAGUGGAGAAAAGCCAUAUUGUUGUUCUGAUUGUGGCAAGCAAUUUUCUGAUAGUCGCGGUCUCCAAAGGCACACAGCAAUCCACAAUGGAGAAAUAAACAACUGAAAUUGUGGUAGUGGUUCUGGGAUAAACCGGUCUUAUAAAAAAAAAUAAAAAAUCAAGCCCAUCGGAUCAUCUUACCAAUUGCCACGGCACCGAAUGAAUUACAGAAGGAAACACUAAUGGGGUCAAAUGCAAAUACCACACUGGGCCCUGGCAACAAAUCUCAGGGAAUAACAUCAGCAGUAGUGUAAAAAUCACUACAUGACUCAGGAGGGAGGUUCACUCCUGUCUAGAUGGUAUGUAAACCAAGCCAUUGUAGUGCUGAGAAAUUAAACAAGAGGAUAAACUGUAGGACUGUGCUUAUUGUGACAAUAGAUUAAUUGACAAUAGCAACCAGCAGAAGCACACAAAAAAACAUACUGUAGAAAACAAAAAAAAAGAAGAAGAUGCAGCAUAUAACCAAUAAGAGCCUUUUUGGCCAAAGAAAGCUAGAAAUGCUCACACAUCUGGUGGCCUGGUGUGCGGUCCUGAUGCAAGGAAGAUUAUAUGCUGAAAGAGACAGCAAAGUGGGCAGAUUCAUUCACUGGAAAAUCUAUUAGAAAUACAACAUACCGGCGCCAAAAAGACACUGGGACCACAGUCCAGACUGUGUAAGGGAAUGAUGCAGGUGCUACAACAGUGAGAGUAAGAAUAAUGGAAAAUGAUAAGAUGUUAGUCACUUGGGACACAUCAAUACCAACUGACAGAAAAACAGAUGCCAGAAAACAAGAUAAUGUUAUCAAGGAAAACAGUCUUAAGAAAGCCUGGAUAAUUCAGGUAACAAUUCCUAGUGAUGAAUGCAAGCUGUGGCAGAUUAUGUGUGACCACCAAAGAAUUCACAGUGGUAAGAUUCUCCAUUAUUGUAUUGGGCAGUGGACUUCAAGACCAUUAAAGAAUUCACACUGAUAAGAA